AUAUAAUUACCGUGCCGUAAGUGCUCUGCUGGCUUGCUAGACAUGCGAAUAAGAGUUCCAAGAUAAAUCGCUCCGCUUCCGUCGCGUAUCAGUCGCAGCGGUAAAAUUGCAAGAAUGCUUUCUAUAAAAUAUUUUAUCGAUACUGAUAACGGUAUUAUCAGCAUGUAGGGCAUGUCAUAUCGUCCAGGACGGACAUACAGACAUGUGGUGUCUAAUUUUAUUAUUUGUUGCGAUCGCUGGCUUAGGUCAUGCUGAGGAAGAGUACCAUAUCACACCAGUGGCGCUGCCGGCGACUUCUGCUAGCCGCAUCAUCGGAGGAUCAUCCACUACGAUAGAACAAUACCCUUUUACAGUGCAGGUUUAUAUCCUCAGCGGUGGCGCUAACAAAUUCACCUGUGGGGGCACACUCCUGACCAGGCGACAUGUACUGUCCGCUGCACAUUGCUUCGUUUCUUCAAAUAAUGCCGUCUUAAAUCCCAACCUGUUCACCAUUCGCGUCGGUUCGACCUUCCUGUAUUCAGGGGGCACCACACAUCAAGUAUCAGCUAUCGUCGUCCACGAGAACUAUGGGUCUCCAGUCAGGAACAACGAUAUUGCGGUACUACUCCUCAGGACUGCUGUCACUCUAAGUUCCUCAGUCAUAAGUGCUAAAAUACCGAUGCAAGGAGCUUCUGUACCUGAUAACGCCACAGUCAUAGCUGUCGGAUGGGGAAAAACAGACUUUGCAGAUAUUUCAUCUGUGCUAAAUGAGGUAUCAGUGAGGAAGAUCAACCUGUCGAUUUGCCAAUUUAAUUAUCUGAGACUGCAAGCCACGAACGGAAUCCCAUACCCUGUCACCAACAACAUGGUCUGCGCUGGAAUCCUUGGCGUUGGAGGUAAAGAUGCGUGCCAAGGUGAUUCCGGUGGUCCUCUACUCUACGGGGACGUAGUCGUAGGGGUUACUUCUUGGGGGGCGGGAUGCGCGCUGGCGGACUACCCUGGAGUGUAUGCCAGGGUCUCCAGCUAUACCACUUGGAUCAACAAUACGAUUAACCGCUUCAAUGGUGCCAGCUCGGUCAGUGGGAUCCGAAUCACUCUGCUGUUACCCUUCUUCUAUAUAAUACUCAUCGCCUAGAAGCUAAGAAGUCAUCUAGAGAGUCGCCAUUGUAAUUUUGAUGUAAAGGCAUGAAGGUAGCCCCCGAAUAGUUUUACACACGAAAAACUUUGGAAUGAUCUUCCAGCGGCGGUAGUCCCAUAUACAAAAAGCGAGAGUAAUAAAAUUAAUAUUAUAGUAGUAUAUAGUAGUAAUAUUAAAUAUCUUGAUUUAGCUCAUGAGAAUGUCGACAUGUGGGAUGUAGACUCAGCAAUAAUUGUGCCGAUAGUCGUGUCUGCCAAUGGUCUCAUGACUAAAAGCCUCGAUAAACACCUAAAAAACAUCAAGAACCUGAUGCAGAACGCUGUACUUCUAGACAUGGCGCGCAUUGUCCGGAGAUUACUUUUCCUGGACCUCUGACCACCGGUUGCUUGGAACCCUACCGUAACCGGCGGGAUACAGCUUUUUAUAUUUUUAAGAGAUUUCCUUUUUUUUUUGAUAAUAUUUGAAAAUGUAAAAAUCAAGUUUAAAAGUAAAUAAAACCAAAUACUAGCCUUCUUAAAAGGCCGGCACGCCGCGAUCCUCUG